AGUUACAUACUGACAAACUGACAAACUGACAAACUGACAAACUGACAUACAAGUGAAGCUAAUAAAAAGCGUGUAAAAAUGCGUACAGUGCAAGGGAUUGCUGGAUUUAGAAAAUAUCAAAAGAGAAGAACGACGUUGUUACGUCCUGGGACGACACAAAUGUAAUCGACUGCUUGUUUUUACGGUCAGACAACUAAAUGCCUCUACCCUGGGAGUGGCAGUCACACUUAUUGACAGAUCUCUUUGAUUUAGAAACUUAUUGAAUAAUCAACGCUAAAGGGAUGACCAUCAGAACCGGUUGGAAAAAGGAAAGGAGGAGAAAGUGAAAUAUUAAAGGAAGAAAUUAAAUAUCUUACUUACGAUUUGAGUAAUAUUAAAUAGGUGUUUUAUUUAUAACUGGUACACUCAGGAUGUUGUUACGGAACACUUCUCUACUGGGUUGUUACGAUUGGAAUUGGUCAGUGAGCAAUUGCGUCAAGUUGGAUUUUAGGUCGUCUUCGUUGUUGAAGGUGCUGUCACAGGGACUUGGCGUUGAUUCGUCUAGAGGUUGGAGAUGUUGAAACUGGAGGGUGGAGAUGUUGAAACUGGAGAGUGGAGAUGUUGAAACUGGAGAGUGGAGAUGUUGAAACUGGAGAGUCCUCCGAGGUUGAGUACACGAAACACUAGGUUGAUUGUAAACUUUAAUGCUCGGGUUGGUGAGUGAUGGAGUCUGAUUCGAUAUUAACUCUGUUGUUUUUAAUUUUGAUUUUCGAAAUCGAUGUUUGAUUUCAAUGGAAAUACGUAGAUGUUGAUUAGAAAUUGAAAUUUGGUUGAUUGGAAUUUUAUUCAACACAAAAGAGUUCCCAAAAUUGAAUUUUUACUGUGUAUUGUACUAGACUCGCUGAGAGCUUCCUCGCAGCUUAAAAGUUUUCUACGCACUGACUGUGGUAGUCCGAUGCUUGCCUUUUUAUAAUACUACUAAGGGAUGGACUUGAUAGUGGAAUGUUCCUCAGGUGACACACUUUAGACUGGUGUAGGGAUACCGCUCCUGCGAAUUCUAAGAAUUCUGUAGUUGUGUUCGUCUUGUUCGUGAAAGACCUUUAACGCAAUAGGUCUGUUGGACAUUCGCAUAAUUAAUGUUUGCACUCUUCUUUUUCAUGGAGUCCUGAUCCCACGCAUGCGAAUACGUCGUGACAUGUCGCACCCUUAACCUUAGCGUGAAGCUCCCUCUUUUGUUUUCUGUUCUCCUGUUCUUGUCAGUCACUCAAUCGUCGUUUCGGCCUGUGUUCAUUUCUUUUUCGGCACUCCCUUAAUCGAUAUCAAGUCCUCUUCUUCUUUUACUUUCUUAAAUCCUGAUCCUUCUAUUCCAAUUGUCUUGCAGUAGGAAUAUUUUUUAAUUACUUAUUAAAUUGACCAAAUUUUCCAUCCGUAACAACGACGUGGCUUGAGUUUAAUUUGGCAUGUAUUGUGCACAGCUUGCAAUGUUUCAAACGAAGUUUUUACUGACAAGCAACAUGUAGAUCCAAAGACUAAAAGACAACGUUUCGACAUAAAUUCUAAGAUUGCAAUAGGCGCACUUCACUCUGGGAUCGGAGCAACUCACUUCAAUAAAAUUUUAACCUCUGUUAAUAUGCCAUCUUAUGAAAUUGAACGUAAAUUGACGAUUGAAAAUUCAGAUAGGAUUCAAGAGUCAUUGUAAGCAUUAUUACUAGUUUAGAUGUUUUUAUGUUGUAAAAAAUUGAUAACAAAUUCUACGAUCAAUACUCUUCUACGAUUUAUACUUCAAUAAUCUCGGAUUUUUAAAUAUUGCACAGUAAAAACUGUGUUAGAUUAUACAAUUGUAAAUAAGGAUUUUAAUUGGAGCAAUGAAUUAAAAACCGUCGAUAAUUUGUAAAUAUUAUACUUAUAAUUAAUGAAGAUUUUCGGUUGGCUGCGCUAUUGGUGAGAAAAAUAUCGGAGAAAGAUACAUUCAAGAAGCUGCAACAAAAAGACUUUUAUCACCUGGCUUUCACACGACUAAGUACGUUAACAGAAGAGAAAAGGAAGCAACACGACGAUCUGUAAAAGCGAAGUGUCCUGAGUUCAAAAAAAGGCGUUUGUUUUUAAAAGAACAGCGUACUAAUCUGCGGAAGAAGAAAGAAGAUAUGGAAGGAACCCAGUAUGAAUCUAAUAUGGGAUUACUUUCCACAGAUGUUGCUCAUGACUCAAUUCUUAAUACAGAGGGUAUUAAUGAAGAUAUAAUUGAAUUUGAUGAUGGAACUCAAGUUUCAGAACCUAUUGCAGUAUUUUUUGAUUUGGAAACAUCAAGCUUUUCUAAACAAUCUGAUAUUCUUCAAAUCGCGGCUCAGUACAAUAAAUCUAAAUUUUCAGUUUAUGAAAACCCUAUUCAAAAAAUUGCAGCACAAGCAUCUGAAGCAAAUGGUUUAACAAAUGUUAGAGGUGAAUUGAUGCUCAAUGGUACUAGAAUACCAUCCAUUCCACUAAGAUUAGCUUUGGAUGCUUUUCGUAAUUUUCUUACGAAACUGAAGCAUCCAGUGGUCUUAGUUACUCACAACUGCAAAUUUGAUGCUCCUAUUCUUAUUAAUUCUGUAAAAAAGAUGACUAUGACUGAUGAUUUUGAGUCUGUAGUUGUAGGUUUUGCAGAUACACUUCCUCUAUUAAAUCAGUAACAAAUCGUAAAGGAAAAGGAGAGUGUACUCUAACUGGUCUAGCUUCGUGGCUUAAAAUUUCUGCGGAUGGUGCGCAUAAUGCUGUAUACGAUGUUUUAAUGCUAGUCAAAAUUAUUGAGAAUCUUAAAAUCAUAACGAAACAAUUAAUCGAUUGUAGCAUAACUUGGAAUGAUACAAUUGCGAGUGUUCUUAAUUCUGAAAAAUCAGCUACACAGUUAAAAACACUCGACAAAUUAGGAAUUUGCAUAUCUACUGGCAUGAAAAAAAAAAUUGCUGAUGCUGAUAUUAGCUAUGAAGACUUAGUGAAAACUUUUCGUGAAGAUGGAGAUGCUGGAAUAAAAAAAUUAUUAGGAAAAGAUGAAAAUAACAAAGUACGAGUUACUAAAACUAAAACUAUAAUUGAAAAUUUAUUGCAUCAUUUAAGAGCAAAAUCUUUAUAAAAUAUUUGAGUUGUUGCAAUAUUAAAAAUA